AACUUGCUUUCAACACCGAUUUCCAACCCUUCAUUGUUGUAUCUCUCUUAUUCCCACCCACGCCACACAGGGAUCUCUCGUCCAACAUGUUCACUGACUCCAUUCCCAGCAGCAUCCUCUCGCUCACUCAACUGGUUUCUCUAAAUUUAGGUGGAAAUCCUUAAAUGGAUCCAUUCCAGCCUCUCUUGACUCAAUGGUCAUGUUGGAGAAUCUAAAUCUGAGUGGAAGCCACUUGAAAGGGUCCAUUCCAACUACUCUUGGCAACAUGGGCAGCUUGAAGUCUCUGUACAUGAAUGAUAACCAGCUCACUGGGAGCAUUCCGGGCUUCAACAACACAAUGAAUCUGACUGAACUGGUGUUGAGUGGGAAUCAGCUGAGUGGGCUCAUCCCCCCCUCUAUUACCUUCUGCAAACAGCUUCAACGUCUGUGGCUCGACAACAAUUCACUGAGUGGGAUCCUUCCAAAACUUCUUGGGAUUAUGACUCAGCUUACCUCCUUGAGAAUCAAUGACACUAGUCUCAGUGGAACAUUGCCAACAUUUCUUGGGAGUUUCAGUUCCCUCGAUUCACUCAACAUCAGCGGCACAAACCUCACGUGCCCACCGGACUACAUCGCCUGUGGACCAACACAGUCGCCUAAGACAGCCUUCUGUCGAACGUGCCCUUCCUUCUGCAGCACUUGUGGCAAACCAUCACCAGGGUCAGCCACAAGCAACAGCAGCCCCAGCAGCACCGAGUCAUCUUCACCAGCAGCAUCUGGAGGAGGGGGUGUGUCGGUGGGAGUCAUCAUUGGCAUUGCCGUUGCGGCUGGGGUCAUUCUUCUGCUUCUCAUUGCGGCUGGGGCCAUUCUUCUCUACUUCAGGCACAAGAUGGAGCAGAAGAAAACAAGCCUGGAAACCAGCCUGGCCGCUGCACACUGCACCGAGUUCUCUCUGGCUGAGGUCCUCAAGGCCACCAACAAUUGGUCGGAGGACAACCAGCUUGGCUCGGGUGCCUUUGGUGAUGUCUACAAGGGCGUGUCUCCCCGCGAUGGCACCACAGUGUGGGCUGUGAAGCGAGCCAAGCUGAUUGACGUGGAUUUCCAGAGGGAGAUCCUCCAAAUGGCCGACAAGAACCAUCCCAACAUUGUGCGGCUGCUCGGGUUUGCGGUUGGAGGGGACGUGAGGUCGAAAAUCGAGCAGAUCUUGAUCUACGAGUUUGUGUCCAAUGGCGAUCUCCACAAGUGGAUUGAUCGCGAUGCAUCCAAUCCUCUAAGCUUCAAGCAGCGGCUGGACAUUCUCAUUGGAAUUGCACGCGGCUUUGAGUACCUCCACAGCUUCGACAUUGUGCAUCGCGACAUCAAGCCGGCAAACAUCCUCAUUACUGCUGACAUGCAGGCCAAGAUUGCAGACUUUGGGCUUGUGAGGGCGGGAGAGGGCACCACAGUGGGCGCUACUCGAGUCAUGGGAACGCCGGGCUAUCUGGAUCCAGUUUACUCCAGGACGUCACUGGCAACUUCUGCCAGCGAUGUCUACAGCUUCGGUGUGCUCAUGCUUGUGGUCCUCACGGGGGAGGCUCCAAUUGUUGAGUCGGCUGGAGAAACCAGGCAGAUCACUUCUUGGGCAUUCGAGUGCGUGACCUUGGGUGACUUGGGGAGCCUCACUGACUCCAAAAUUGAGGCCCCUGGGGAUGCUGUGCUGCGUGUGACUCAGCUGGCGAUCAGCUGCACUGUGGAGCGCACUGCAAGCCGGCCAAGCAUGGCUCACAUUGCCAACGAGCUGAAGGCCAUCCGGGAUGAGGUGGCGGGGAAGGAUGAGCUGAGCGCUGCGAAGAAGGUGGAUGCGCAGGUGCAGGAGAUGAAGGAGGCAUUUGGAGAUGUGGAUGCGUUUGAGGAGUCACUCAAGAUGAUUGGGGAGAGUUUUUCCAACGAGAACCAUGUCUAAAUCCGUUAAGGGUGUGAUCAUCGGAGGCCGGCUUCAGAUUUCUUAGUACCGUUGAUAGUUUUUUGCUCUCUUGACCGUCGAAAAGUGCGACGCCGCGUCUCUCCUCGCCGUUCUUCUGGCUCACUUGCAAGCAACUGGCAUCGACCUCUCCCGAAUCACCGGCAUGAGCACCGACGGCGCCUCUGCCAUGGUCGGCCGAGACAAUGGUCUCGUCGCCCGACUUUGCGAGCACAUCCCCCAUCUCGUCUCUUUGCACUACAUCGCACACAGGGAAGCCUUGGCGGUGAAGGACGCCGCCACUGUUUCUCCAAACUUCGACAUGGUCGACCUUGUGAUUUGAACUCUGGCCGAUCUUCACGUUCAUGUGUCUGGAGUCAACGCUUCAAGUACCUGCAGCGGGCAAUACACAACACCAACCUUCAAGUGCAAGGAAUUCACACCGUGCGCUGGCUUUCAAGGGGUGAGGCUGUGCGGCGCCUCUGUAAGGUCCUUGGCACCACUAUUAUUCUGUUUCAUGAGUACGGGCAUGAGCUGUGUGAAGUCGUCAUCUGUUACAAGUUUCAGUUCUGUCUUUUUUUCCUGGCGGACGUGCUCGGAGUGAUGAAUGAGCUCAACCUCAAAUUCUAGAAGAGGGAGGUCGAUGUCACCGAAGUGACGAAGGACAUCGACGAGGCGACAGGGGACCACCGCCACCGCUACCUGGAGUGCGGAGAGGUGUUCGGUGGGGGGAUCGAAGGCACGUGGCUUUUGGCUUUCUUGGCCGUCUACGCGCACGGAGGGAACAAACGCGUAAAGGUGCGGGGCAUCGACAAGGACGGCAGCCCAGUCAUGCACACCUACACCAUGCACGAGAAGCAGAUCGAUGGGCAUGCCUUCCGCAGCAAUUACCCCGAUUGCGAGCGGCUCUGCACGGAGUUCGUGAAGGACACGAUAAGCUUCCUGAAGACGAGGAUGCUGGACCUGAACAAUCUCGGCCCGAUGAAGCUCUUCUGCGUGUCGAAGUGGCCUCGGAUGAAGCAGCAGAGAGAGAAGAGGCUGAAGGAGUAACUACAUGGCUGCAAUGCCUUUUUCGACAACAGGCUGACAGGAUUUUCCUUGCAAGCUGCGCAGAAGGAGCUGGUUACGUGGGCGCCACUGAUGCUGAGCCACCAUGCCGACGAGGGAUUCCAUCAAGGCCUGACGAACUACCUCGGCUCGACGGAGUCGACCUUGCGCUGGCCCAACCUCAUGCGAUUGUGGCAGGCGUGCGUUGUCCUGCCGCUUAGCACAGUGGAGUGUGAACGAGGCUUCUCGCGGCAGAACGUCAUCAAGUCAUGGGUGCGGGGCGCGUUGUGCAAUGCGCGCCUCAGCGAGCUGAUGGUCAUUUCCCUGCUGCAGUAUGAGUUUGGCUGGGACGAGGCCCUUGAGUGUUGGCGCGAGAAGUUGAGGCGCCCUGCUAAGUCUGUUUUGUUUGCCUCAGCGGAGAGGAAGCGUAAGGCUAAGGCAAUUGAGGG